AUGGACGAAGCUCCUGUCAAACUUCCCGAUGGACACCUCGUGAAUCUCUCACCACGACCUAUACGCCAAAGUGCCUACAAAGCGUACCGAGCCGAAUACAAGUCUUCGACGGAGGCCUCAGCAACACCCCCACCUCGAUACCGGCAAGAAGGAAGAUCACCGGAAUAUGCUGUAUCAGGAGGCGCAUCGGGGAAUAUCUCCCAACUGCCCAAAGCUACCAAGCUGCCGGUCCCGAGGAGUCUCGCGGAAAGUCGUAAGGAUGAUUCAAAUCAAACAACUAGUCCCACUGCCCUUCCUAAGCUGUCCUCAGCCGGCCACUCCUCGGGACGGCUCGGUGACCAGCCUGGACCGUUGGACAAAGGUCACGAUCAAUACUGGAGGAAAAUCCGGGAUAAAUUGCAGGAGUCGCCAUUAUCAACAAGACGUGUCAAGAGCAAGGAAAGCGACAAUAACCAAUCUCUUAACUCACGCAUAUCCUAUCACCGCAGCAGACCUCCUGCCAGCACUAGCCAAGAUCAGGCAAGCCCCCGGGCAGGUACCCCACGAUCCGGCAUCCCGAGUCCAAGCACUGUCAAGAGCAGUCCCUCGCAGGGGUCGAGGAACGAUGCUUCCACUUGUCCCGUAGACAGCCAAAGCAAAUGGCGGAAGAAAGACGACCAAUGGGUACUCAUGGAUGUUACCGAAACCGCGUCCCUGAAAUCAUCAAGGACGGACGCGACGACUGAUUCUAGCGCUCGAUCUCAUCCUUCCGUUUCGCCAGUGUCCGCCGAGAACAGUUCUAUCACUGACUGGGAAGACCGAUUCGUUGUGAAUAUGCCAACUGCAAAGGAUCCCAAUCCACCAAUGAUGACGGCUCAACAAAUUGCCGAGUAUCAGAGAAGCAUUGAACGGGUACACCGGGACGGUGGGCAAAUGACAGACCCGGACACAGUGCCUAGUCGUAACGUGUCUCCCGAGAUCAGAUUCAACCCUAGCGAACAAAAAGCACAGAGCCCAAGGGCUGUCAACACAUACGAUGGGGUGUACGAGGGACCUCAAGCGCCGACCUUGUCGCGAGAUGAACAUUGUCCUUCGCCGCAGCCUCAGCAAAAUGCUCAGGCGGAGCAAGUUUCACAGCCUCAAACCCAGCAGCCCCAGCCCCAGUCCAUGACUGCAUCGCAACGUCAAAUAGCCAACCGCUACUACAGCCCCGAUGAAAUCGGGUGUAAUCGGAUAAGCACAAUUUGGGAGGAAUCGCCCACAAAACCCAAGGAGAAGCGAUGUCCCCAAAACGCCGACGGGUCUUUUUUAGGGUGCAGGGAAAUAUCCGGGGAGAAGAACCCAGACGAAAUCCUCAGGUUCGCUUCCUCAGACGAUGCCAGUCUCCAUCCACCCCCAUUGGCCCUAGGUUCCAAGAACAAGCAAAAGGUGUUGAAGGAAGUGAAGAAAGCCACAGACCGACAAACCACACACAGAGUCGAGGAGACUACAGUCCUUCGAGAAGAGCUACCACAAACUUCUCAGAAUACGAGACCUGCCCAAUGCUCGAAGCCGUCAGCCAUGUGCCAGGAUCAGAGUUGCUCCCAGAACCCAACCCCAAUUCCGCGGACGAGGUCGCAGGACUCAAGCAAGGAGAAUUACCAUCCUACCAGCAAUACACCCGAGCAGUCCAGAAGCCAGGAAGAAAACCUGGGGGAGGACGAUGUGUUCAUUAUCACACCCACUAUCACACGCACUAUGAUUCCCACGCCCGACAAGAAAGCAUCUUUGCCAAAGCCGCAAGGGCUGCGUCGUCCUGGUGGCACAAAUCACACAGUCACCGCCGAGGCCAUCAAGGCCGUCCGGGCAAAGGCUCAGAUGAUUUCUACACCGUCAGGAUUGCGGCUCGGGGAACCCACCGUGGAUAUCAAGCCAACAGGGCGUACCUUGACAACUUCUCAAACGCUGCCAGUCAGCAGCAUCUCCACCACGGCCAAAGACGAAUACGAGAAGGAUCGGAACCAAGAUCAUGCGCAAGAUCGCGGUCAAGAACGAGCAGCAGGUACAACGUCGAAUACUAUCCGUGGCUUCAUCCGUACCUCCGGGCUCGCAAAACCCUCAGGGCUAGUCAGGUCACCCACGGAUAGCCUUGCUACAAUACUGCGCAACAGGACUGAGUCCCUUCGCACACGCGCCGAAUCUCUACGGAAUUCUUCGGGGUCUCCCCAGCGUUCAGACCAGAAGCAAUCGCCAAGCCCUCCACCAAUUCUUCCGUCUCAGGGACAAUUCGGAAUCAUCACGAUCAGAACGUCAACGAAAGGGACCUCACCGGUCCCGGCAAACAGGCCUCCUUCGCCGCCAAAAGUUGCCACGCCGGAGAACAAACCAGAGGAAAAUAAGCAGCCUUCCUCACGACCACCUACCCCAAGCAAACCAACGACGAAAAGAGUGACCUUGUCAGAGGGACCUCCUUCGUCAGCAAAACCUGAUAAACCCCGUUUGUCAACUAAAAAGAUUUCUGCACUAGCAAAGCCGUCAACAUUGGAGAAAAUCUGCAAGUCUACAUCUACCACCCCAGCCACGCCUGAAAAGUCUUCUUCUCCCAAGGCAAAGACGCCCGAUGCUUCACCAAAGAAGGCAGAGCAGGCGAGGGCCCUGCCUCGUCUCCAUACUUCCGGUAAAGUCUUGGAAAUCGCCGAACUCGAUGGUCUUCAGGUUGCAAGCCCUAAGGAGUCUCUUCAAUCCAACAUCACAGACGUCUCUGCCGAUCUAGGUGACAUGCACUCUGAAGACAAGGAUGAUUCCGACGGACAGGGACUCAACCCUUUGGCUUUUUCGCUUCUUUUCAAUAUUCUUGUUGUUGCUGUCACCCAGGUGAAUAAAGCGCUCCGAAUGGGCACCGACAACCCUUAUGUCAAAUUUGUGGUCAACAACACCCUGAACAUGACCUGCCACUGUUGGCAUGUGUCCAAAUGCAUCUACACCACGGUUUCUCACUACCAGGCCACAGGCGCCUGGCCCAAGCCUUGCCGUGACCAGGCUAUUACCCGGUUCGUGGUGGAGCUUCUUCAAGCCAUUGUAUAUCUCUUGAUUCUUGGGUUUGCAGCCAUGCUGAUGGCCCGUACUGUUGGCUAUGUUGUUCUAGUGAGUAGCUGGAUUGCAUGGUUUGCCAGGCCGUUUGCGUGGGUGUUUCAAUGUGUUGGCCGUGCCCUGAUAAUGUAA